AUGCAUAUGCAGACGACGGCCUCGUCGGCGGCCAAUGGCGCUCCGGCGUUCGGGUCACGAGCCGCCCCCGAGCGGCGGCUCGGCCGGGAGGAGCCGAGAGCCUGUCAGUCCGUCCGCGCGGCUCGAGGGAGGCGGUCGUACGCUCAGCGGCGGCAGCAGCAGCAGCAGCAGCAGCAGCGCCCCGGCGCGGGCGAGUGGGCUGCGGCCUCCCUUCGUCGUCUUGCCCCCCGGCCGGGCCUCCCUCGGAGGACCAUGCCGAUCCUGCUCUUCCUCAUCGACACGUCCGCCUCCAUGAACCAGCGGGCCUACCUGGGCACCAGCUACCUGGACGUGGCCAAGGGCGCCGUCGAGCUCUUCAUGAAGGUGCGCGCGCGCCCUCCCCCCGCCCCGUCGCCUGACGUGGCCGUCCGAGUCCGCGCGCGCGCACACACCCUCAGAGACCGCGCUCCCGAGCGCGAGCGCCCGCUCGCACGUUCGGAAGACGCGUGUCGAGAGUCCCCCCCGCCCCGCUCCCCCUCAGACGCGCCUUUAACGCGCUCCUUUCUCCCGUUUUCUCCCCUUCAGCUGCGCGCCCGAGACCCGGCCAGCCGCGGCGACAGGUACAUGCUGGUCACCUUCGACGAGGCGCCCUAUUGCAUCAAGGUAAGCCGCCCGCCUCCCCCCGCCGGGCGCGCCGCGGGCGAAGAUGGCGGACAUUUUGCUUUUGUAUGGAGGCUGAGGGCGCUGAUUAGAUGGAGGAGGAGGAGGGAGCGAGGGAGGAGGAAGAAGAGGAAGGCGGAGGAGAAGAAGAAGGCCCCGCCGACACCACGCGGCACCUCCCGCCCCGAGGAAGGCAGCGGGGAGGCGGAGCGCCUGGCGGGCGAGCCGUUUGGGGACUACAACUCCCAGCAUCCUUAGCUCGCGGGACCGGUGGUCAGGGAGGGUGGGAGUUGUAGUCUCAAAGGAGCUGGAGGGCCGAGUUUGCCAAGGCCCGUGAUGGACUAUGCCAUGCUUCCUCAAACUCCUAUGGUCCCUAGCUUAAAGGACCAGUGGUCAGGGAUGGUGGGAAUUGUAGUCCCAAAGCACCUGGAGGGCCGAGUUUGCCUUUGCCUGGAAGGAGUGGGGGAGUUUGGGGACAGGUGAGUGGGCUUCCCUCCCACAAGCCCCCCCCCUCUCCCAAGAGCAGGAAACCCAGCCAGAUGGGUGGGGUGUAAAUAAAUUGUUGAUAUAGCUCAGCUUCUGGAAUGCAGGUAGGAGGAUUCCAAUUAGCAAUGGCCAAAGGUUAAAUCAGACAUAGGCAAACUGGGCCCUCCAGCUGUUUCGGGACUACAACUCCCAUCAUCCCUAGCUCGCAGGACCAGUGGUCAGGGAUGAUGGGAAUCGUAGUCCGAAAACAGCUGGAGGGCCAAGUAUGGCCAUGCCUGCCCAAGAGGCCAAAAGAUGGUGGUGGCGAGGAGUUGGGGGGUCCAGGAAGCGGCCUCCUUUUUGUGUGUGGGGGGGGGGGCUGUUUGAACUUAAGAUAAAAUGAAUCACCGUUUGCAGGCACAUCCAAAGAUGAAGGUGCACCCUCCCCCCGCGUGUGAAUGCUUGUCUGUCACCACUGUGUGUUUGUGUGUGUGUAAAUACGUGUAUUGCAUGCAUGCUAUGCAUUUAUAUCAUUCCAGCAGGCCUUUGCUUGGGGCCAAGUCUGACCCCUCUCCUCCUACAAGAUCCUAUGUAUAAGAGGCCUCUCUAACUCCUCUCACCAGCUCAUAUAUAUAUAUAUAUAUAUAUAUAUAUAUAUAUGUAAGCCUGGUGAGUACCUAAGGUUCCCAAACCCUAUAAUCAUAAUUUGCCAGUUGCCUUCUGAUCUUAUUGGAUUUUAAUCCCAUUUUAAGAUGUAUUUGUAUUUUGAUGUCAGCCACCCUGAGCCUGGUUAUGGCUGGGGAGGGCAGAAUAUAAAUGUAUUUUUUAUUAUUCUUAUUAUUAUCUGUAAAGCAUCCCCACCUUGCACCCCCGUGCCUCCAGGCAGGCAUGGCCAAACUUGGCCCUCCAGCUGUUUUGGGACUACAAUUCCCAUCAUCCCUGACCACUGGUCCUGUGAGCUAGGGAUGACGGGAGUUGUAGUCCCAAAACAGCUGGAGGGGCCAAGUUGGGCCAUGCUGAAAUCAGCAGUGAGAGAGAACUGCAGCGGUGUCCUCCUUCUACUGUCCUAGUCUACAAUUCCCAUCAUCCCUGACCACUGGUCCUGUUAGCUAGGGAUGAUGGGCAUUGUAAUUCCAAAACAGCUGGAGGGGCAAGUUGGGCCAUGCCUGAGCUAGGUGCUCCUUUGUCAAAAGAAGUUCAGCAGAUGUUCAUCCUGAUGCAAUGCCCCAUUUCCUGGGAUACCAGCUGAACUAGAGCAGGCAUGACCCAAUUUGGCCCUCCAUCUGUUUGGGAAAUACAGUUCCCAUAAUCCCUGACCCACUGGUCCUGUGAGCUAGGGAUGAUGGGUGCUGUAGUCCCCAAACAGCUGGAAGGCCGAAUUUAAAUGUUCUGGAUUAGAUGGUAGAGCAGGCAUGUCAACUGUGUCAUGGAAAUCUGGUUUAUUGCAACAAGGAGUUAAUAGUAGCUUUAAAGCAGGCUUCCUCAACCUUCGCCCUCCAGAUGUUUUUGGCCUACAACUCCCAUAAUCCCUAUCUAGUAGGACCAGUGGUCAGGGAUUAUGAGAAUUGUAGUCUCAGGGGUUAAAAAAAAGCACCCAAUUUUUUUUGGUUUCUGUUGUAGUGUUCUAGCAAUCACUAGAACAGGCAUCGGCAAACUCGGCCCUCCAGAUGUUUUGGGACUACAACUUCCACCAUCCCUGACCACUGGUCCUGCUAGCUAGGGAUCAUGGGAGUUGUAGGCCAAAAACAUCGGGAGGGCUGAGGGUGAGGAAACCUGUACCAGAACAAACUUAGUUGGUCUAUUAAUUAAUUUUAUAAUGAAUGAUUUUAGAGUGUUGUUUAUGCUAUACUUUUAUACUGUUUUAUUGUUGUUAGCCGCCCUGAGCCCGGCUUUGGCUGGGGAGGGCGGGAUAUAAAUAAAAUUUAUUAUUAUUAUUAUUAUUAUUAUUAUACAGGGGUAGCCAGGGAUCUAGGUCAGUUGUUGAGCUUUUUUUAGGGGGGUGGUCCUUGGAUCAUCAUUUGAUUUGCUCAACCUCAACAGAUUGGUGUCUGGAAUACACAACUAUGGACAGGUAAUGGAUUUAAUUUAAUUUAAUUUCCUCACUGCCUUGCCUGAAAAACCUUAGCAUCUAAUCUUUAGGAUGUGAAUAUUUGCUGGCGCGUUUAAAAUAAAGCAAACAGGCCACUUGGGGAACUCACUGCUACUUGCUCCUCCAACUACCAGAGCCUGAGAAAAUUGCCUAUUUAGUACCUUGUAUUGUGCACCGAUAUAUUUUCUGCCAGGGGUCAGAGCAGACCCUGGUGCUUUUCUUUAUAUCUAUACAGUAUAUCAUUUGUAUGGUGAUGGCUGUGAUCCUCUAAUGUAGGGGUGGCUAACUCCCAAGAGACUCCGAUCUACUCACGGAGUUAAAAACUGGCGGUGAUAUACCCCCUAUUUUGGGGUUCAGGUCGUUGCUGAGCUUUUUUGGGAGGAGGAAAGCCCCAUUUUGGGGGGGGGGUGCAGGGCAAUAAUGUUGAGCUUUUUUAAGGAGAGCCAAAGUUGUUGAGCUACUUUGGGGUGAUCUACCAGAUGUUCAGUGAUCUGCUUGUAGAUCACGAUCUACCUGUUGGAUGUGGCUGGCAUAACCGCAUCAGUCAUUUUUUUAUAUAACAGCAAAAACUGCAGUGGUACCUCGGGUUACAGACGCUUCAGGUUACAGACGCUUCAGGUUACAGACUCCGCUCACUCAGAAAUAGUACCUCGGGUAAAUCACUAGUCAGUAAGGCUGGAUUGAAAUCAUUUUUUUACAUAAAGGUUCAACCUUGCUGGCAUCCUCUUCAUAUCAAGAACCAGAAGAAGGUUUCAUUUUUGGAGUCAUAAAUUUUCAGAGUAGUUUUUACAGUUACAUCAAAAAUGACCGAUUUGGUUCUACUAUCAGAAAGACAUAGACCGUUCAUUAUGGAAUUAUCGUUUCUAUUUGGACAACUUUUCUGCUGUACAGUGGAACCUUGGGUUGCGAACAUGAUCCGUGUGGGAAGCACAUUUGCAACUCCCAGUGCCGCAUCUGUGCACGCGCAGGUCAUGAUCCGGCGCUUAUGCACAAAGUGCAAUUUGGUGUUUCGGUGCAGUGCGCAACCUGAAAACGCAUAACCUGAAGCGUCUGUAACCCGAGGUACCCCUGUAUUCGAUUGGAAGAAGAAAAAUAAUCAUUUCCUUCAUGACAAUUUAAACAAUUUAUUUAACUACAGAAAUAACAUUAUAGCAUAUGUAUCCAUGUUUGUUUACUGAUGUGGUUAAACUUUUUUAUUUUUUAAAAAACCCCUUAGACUGAGUUUUAGCACACAUGAAAAACUUUAAACAAAUCCUUAUUUCCUGAAGAAUAGCCUUUAGAUUAGAAUGUCACUUAAAUAGAAAACUAUCUUUAGGAAGAUUUUUUCCUCCAAAAGCAUUUUAUUUUAAAAAUCCAAUUUAGAUCAUAAAAGUCAUUGAUUUUUAUCCACCCUGGUUGUGCAGCUUAAGUCAAUCACUUGGAGAACUGAGAAACCCUGCUGCUAUAUAUGAUAGCGAGCGAGAAGAAAUCAGAGGGUUACUGUAGGUGAAAUAACUUCAGAUAACAUUGUAACAUAAGAUGGUACAAUUUUAACUAUUCUCACGAAUGCGUGAGUUAUUUCAGGCUCAAAGAGACCUUAAACCUGUACAAAAAAGCAAUUAUUAUUUUUUUGUAAAAAAUUUCAUUUAAUAGCAAUUUAUUUUAUAACCACUAGCCCAUUCUACAAAAAAAGGAUGAUACACGUGUUAGUUGUGGUUUGCGCCAUAUGGCUUAUCGAAUCCACCGGGAAUAAAAUGAGAAAAAUUCACAUUGAAUGGUUGGUGACCCUUUUCUCUGGCGCUUCUCGCCAUUUUUAUACCUUAUUUGGAAAGAGACCACAAUUAGCUUUAUCUUAAUCCCAAAAUAAGCCCAGUUGGUUGAACAACAACAACAAUUUAUUAUUUAUACCCCGCCCAUCUGGCUGAGUUUCCCCAGCCACUCAAAAUAUUAAAGAACAAUAGUCCAAUAUUAAAAUACAAUAAGCGAAACAGGAGGUUUUUUUCUAAUUGCAUGAGCCUAAAUUGCGUGAAAAUUCUCCUUGGAUCCUGGCUGUUUUCACACACUAACACCCCACCCUGUAUAAUUCUCUCUGUUAUAUUUCAUCUGAACAACUGGAAUAAAUUUCAGGAGCGGAGCCCAAAGGUCCUAUUGAAAAAUGCAACUUUUGAGCCACCUAGCCCCCAAAUGGCAACUAGGCAUUCUGAUUUGGCAACUGUAAUAAUUAUUAUUAUUAUUAUUAUUAUUUUUAUUAUUAUUUUUAUUUCUAUCCCACCCUCCCCAGCCAUAACCAGGCUCAGGGUGGCUAACAUCAAAAUACAAAUACAUUAUAACAGGCAUAGGCAACCUCGGCCCUCCAGAUGUUUUGGACCUACAACUACCAUGAUCCCUAGCUAGCAGGACCAGUAGUCAGGGAUGAUGGGAAUUGUACUCUGAAAACAUCUGGAGAGCCAAGGUUGCCUAUGCCUGCAUUAAAACAUAAAAUUCAGCAAUCGACUGAAAUACAGCUUAAAAUUGGAUUAAAAUCGAAUAAGAUCAGAAGGCAACCAGCAAAUUAUCACUAUAGGGGUUGGGAACUGUAGUUACUCACCAGGUUCACCUAUUUUUAUGAGCUGACUAGAGUAGUUUUAAGGAGGUAUUUAGAGCCUAGCUUAUAUAUCUGAGUUUCUAAGUGAAAAUUUGUGUUUUGUUGGGCGGGGGGUGGAUCCUUAAGUUGGAAAUGCUUCUGGCUGGUGGUUUUGCUCAAAACCUACCUGUCUUAGGAGCUCCAGGCCGUCUUUCAUACUCACCUCGAAUGUAUUGAGCAAAAGAGUAAUUCCAUAUAUUUUAAAAUAUUUUUUAUUUUUAUUGAGUUUAUUUACAACAUCUGAAGGCAGUCCUGUUUAGGGAAGUUUUGAAUGUGUGACAUUUUAAUGUAUUUUUAAUCUUUGUUGGAAUACAGUGGUACCUCGGGUUAAAGGGAUGCGGGUGGCGCUGUUGGUUAAACCACAGAGCCUAGGACUUGCCGAUCAGAAGAUCGGCAGUUCGAAUCCUCGCGACGGGGUGAGCUCCCAUUGCUCGGUCCCAGCUCCUGCCAACCUAGCAGUUCGAAAGCACGUCAAAGUGCAAGUAGAUAAAUAGGUACCGCUCCGGCAGGAAGGUAAACGGUGUUUUCAUGCGCAGCUCUGAUUCGCCAGAAGUGGCUUAGUCAUGCUGGCCACAUGACCCGGAAGCUGUCUGCGGACAAACGCCGGCUCCCUCGGCCCAUAGAGCGAGAUGAGUGCCGCAACCCCAGAGUCGGUCACAACUGGACCUAAUGGUCAGGGGUACCUUUUCCUUUACCUUUUACCUCGGGUUAAGUACUUAAUUCGUUCUGGAGGUCCGUUCUUAACCUGAAACUGUUCUUAACCUGAAGCACCACGUUAGCUAAUGGGGCCUCGCGCUGCCAGAGCACAAUUUCUGUUCUCAUCCUGAAGCAAAGUUCUUAAUCUGAAGCACUAUUUCUGGGUUAGCAGAGUGUGUAACCUGAAGCGUAUGUAACCCGAGGUACCACUGUAUUAUUAACAUAAACACAAAACAAAAAAAGCAACAAAAACAAACAAAAAACCCCCUCAAAAAAAGAGAAUAAAACGAAAGGGGGAAAAAAGAACGAACAAAAGAAUACUGAUAUACACCCACCCACACCCUCACCAUAUUUCCAUUCUUCUUUCCUACUGUUUGACUUCCUUCAUGCUUUGCACUGUUUUCUUUUUCACUUCUAGUAAAUUCUCUUUCAUACUUUGUUAUAACCCCCUUUUUAACCAUUUAUAACCUAUGUAGCACAAAUCAUCCUGUGGAGGUUAAUUGAAACAAGUCCAAGUACAGUGGUACCUCGGGUUACAGAUGAUUCAGGUUAUAGACUGCUAUAAAAUGGACCUCCAGAAUGAAUUAAGUUCUUAACCCGAGGUACCACUGUAUUGAUUUGGGGACACUGCUUUUUGCCAAAAUAUGUAAAAUGUAUGUAAAAUUAGAUCUGUGUUGGAGGUGUAACAAAGUGGAAGGGACACUCAUACAUAUGUGGUGGUUUUGCCAAAAAAUCAAAAGUUUCUGGGACACGGUGAUGAAGAACUAAAGAAAACGUUUACAAAUUUUUUUGCAAAGAAAACAGAAGCCUUUCUCUUGGGGAUAAUGGACACAGAUAUAGCCAAAGGAAACAAGAAAAUCUUCCUUUAUGCUGCAGGGACUGCGAGAACACUCAUUUUCAAAAAUUGGAAAAAAAGAAAUUAACCCCCCCCCCCCCCCCGGUAAAAAAAGAAUAAAUAAAUUAUUUGAUUAUAUUGAACUGGCCAGACUUAACAGAGACAAUUGGGGGUCACUCCAAGCAAAAAAUGUCAAAGAAUGGGGAAAAUGUAGAGUAAUUAUAUAUGUCUUGGAGACAUUUUUUUAAAAGUAGGGCUGUCACAAAGUGUGGAAUAAUGUUAUAUUGCAGGCUGGAUGGAAGGAGAACCAUGCCACUUUUAUGAAUGAACUGAAGAAUCUGCAAGCGUCAGGACUGACCACCCUUGGACAGGCCCUUCGAUCCUCGUUUGAUUUGCUCAACCUCAACAGAUUGGUGUCUGGAAUAGACAACUAUGGACAGGUAAUGGAUUUAAUUUAAUUUAAUUUCCUCACUGCCUUGCCUGAAAAACCUUAGCAUCUAAUCUUUAGGAUGUGAAUAUUUGCUGGCGCGUUUAAAAUAAAGCAAACGGGCCACUUGGGGAACUCACUGCUACUUGCUCCUCCAACUACCAGAGCCUGAGAAAAUUGCCUAUUUAGUACCUUGUAUGGUGAGCCGAAAUACUUUCUGCCAGGGGCCAGAGCAGAUCUAUGUAGAUAUAUAGAUCUCAUUUGCAUGUUGAUGGCUGUGAUCCUCUAAUGCAGGGGUGGCCAACUCCCAAGGGAUCUACUCAGAGUUAAAAACUUGUGGUGAUCUAACCACUUUUCUGUUUCAGUUUAUCUGAAGAAGUGUGCAUGCACACAAAAGCUCAUACCAAUCACAAACUUAGCUGGUCUCGUUAAGGUGCUACUGGAAGGAUUUUUUUUAUUUCAUUUUGACUACGGCAGACCAACACGGCUACCCUUUUGGGGGGGUUCAGGUGUCAAGAUUGUUGAGGUUUUUUUUAGGAACAGGAAGGCCCAUUUUUUUUAGGGGUUCAGGGUGAAAGUGUUUAGCUUUUUAUUUUUUUUGGAAGGAAAGCCCUGUUUUGGGGAAGGAGGAAAGCCCAUUUUUGGCGGGGUUCAGGUCAAAGCUUGGCAGGGGGUUGGACUCGAUGGCCCUUGUGGUCUCUUCCAACUCUGAUUCUAUGAAAGCUGUUGAGCUUUUUUUAAGGAAGGUCUGUUUUGGGGGCCUUUUUUAGGGAGAAAAUCCCCGUUUUAAAAAAUGUUUUUGGGGAGGUUAAAGGCAGAAAAAAGGGUUAAAUCACUCACAAAAAGGGCAUGGCAGGAGUCAGUUUUAGCGAUGCUAAGGAAAGGGAGCCAGAGAUUGACCACGAUCUACCAAAACCUCGCUAGGAUCUACCAGUAGAUCGCGAUCGACUUUGUUGAACUUCCCUGUCUUUAAUGGAUCCUUUGUGUUUCAAACGUUAACACAGAUAUAUUUUCCCUCCUCUCUGUAGGGAAGGAACCCAUUCUUUUUAGAGCCCUCGAUUUUAAUUACUAUCACGGAUGGAAACAAGUUGACAAAUAUGGCAGGUGUGCAGGAGGAGGUAAGCUUUCAACUGGAAUAUGGCUGCACUGAAUGUGUUCUCCUGCCAGGAGUUUAAAAAGCACUCCUGUCUGAUAUUCCCUGCAGUGUUAGAGCUGCUUGAUAACCAUUGCAUGUGGAAUUAUUAGUUAUGUUUCUAUCCCGUUCUUCCUGUCUUGCUCAGAGGGAGAUCAGGCUGGAAGAAGAUGCAAACAUGGGAAACUGUUUUAAAUAAUAAUAAUAAAUUUUUAUUUCUAUCCCGCCCUCCCUGGCCGAAACCAGGCUCAGGGUGGCUAUUAUUAUUAUUUAUUUUUAAAAGACAUCUGAAGGCAGCCCUGUUUAGGGAAGUUUUUAAUAUUUAAUGCUGUAUUGUUUUUAGUCCUCGAUUGGGAGCCACCUGGAGUAGCUGGGGAAACUCAGCCAGAUGGGCAGGGUAUAAAUAAUAAUUUAUUAUUAUUACUGUGACAUCAAAUAUAUAACAUUGGUAUAAAAUCAAACAAUAAUUCAAUUACCUCCUCAAAACAAGUCAGGAACAAAUUAUAAUCAUAAUUAGAUGGCUUUCUGCAGGAUUAGAGCUGGGAACAGUAAAUGCUCAUACAGAGUCAGGUUGCUGGUCCUUCUAGCUCAGGAUUCCCUGCCUAGCCGUGGCUGUUCAGGGUUUCAAACAGGGGGCGUGCCCAGCCUUGCCUGAAUAUGUUGUCCUUGUUGAGUUGAUUAGUUGUGCUCGACUCUUCAUGACCCCAUGGACGAGAGCACGCGAAGCACUUCACGUCUUUUCGUUUUUCUUCUAGUAAGCAUGAAAAAGCCAGUUCUCUUCCUGGUAGCAAUGCCGUACUUUUCCAGAAUUAAAAAUCAGAGUCAAGACACUUUGCUUUCCCACCUGCAAUAGGGCAAGUGCUUCUCCUCCGGCAUCCCUUGUAGCCGAGUAAGAUUUUCUUCCAUAAAUAUGGAUUUUAACAGUGAGCCUGUAAGUGACUGUGGAGGCCAAUUCUGGAUUCACACAUCCUUCCACUGUGGGGACAUUGGUUUCUGGGCGGGAGUUGAUCCCAGCGAGUCUUCCUUCCUCUUCGCCCGUUUCUCCCUUGCGUCCCGAGUUUGAGUGUCUUCAAAGCCCACGACACCUUUGGUCAAGGCUGUUCUCCCAUUGGAGCGCUCGCAGGCCAGUGCUUCCCAGUUGCCGAUGUUUGUACUACAUUUUUUAAAGAUUUGCUUUGAGAUCUUUCAACCUCUUUUGGAGACCACAAAACAGACCUCAGCGUAACACUCAAAGCGGAAGUGUGGCACUCAAAUCAGAAGCAGAACCAGGGCCGUCUUGAGCACAUGCGCCGCCAGGGUGCAAAGAUCCGCCCAGCGACCCCAAAUUUUGUUGUGUUGUUGUUGUUUAGAAAGCGAUUGGGGUGGAUCCGGCCCCCGGGCCUUAGUUUGCCUGUCCAUGGACUAGAUCAGGGGUAGGUAACCUAAGGCCUGGGGGCUGGAUGUGGCCCAAUCGCCUUCUCAGUCCGGCCCAUGGACGGUCCGGGAAUCAGCGUGUUUUGACAUGAGUAGAAUGUGUCCUUUUAUUUAAAAUGCAUCUCUGGGUUAUUUGUGGGGCAUAGGAAUUCAUUCUUUUUUUCCUUCAAAAUACAGUGGUGCCUCGCAAGACGAAAUUAAUUCGUUCCGCGAGUUUUUUCGUCUUGUGGUUUCUUCGUCUUGCGAAGCACGGUGUCGGAAAAGCUUUGGAAAAGCUUCAAAAAUCACCAAAGUCUUCAAAAACCUCAAAAAAGGCUACCACACCGCGUGCUAUGAGUUGCUCCUCAAAGUCAAGUCACAACUGUAUUAACGGUUUUAAGAAAAAGGAAACAAACUUGCAAGACGUUUCCGUCUUGCGAAGCAAGCCCAUAGGGAAAAUCGUCUUGCGAAGCAACUCAAAAAACCAAAAACGCUUUCGUUUUGCGAGUUUUCCGUCUUGCGAGGUACCACUGUAUAGUCUAGCCUACCACAUGGUCUGAGGGACGGUGGACUGGCCAAUGGCUGGAAAAGGUUGCUGACCCCUGGAUUAGAUGUUCCCUGCGGUCCCUUCCAGCUCUGUGAUUUGUGAUUCUGUGGUUCCUUUUCAGAAGGAAUCAAAUGAGCUUACUGUUCUAGCGAAGUCUCUAGGUGUCUUGCCUUCCUUUUUAGCUUCAUCUUCCUCUGAAUUCUCCCCUUCCUGGAAGCGAGUUAACCAAAGAACCGUUUCGCUGGGAUCAGAGGCUGUUUGCCCUCGUGCUGCGCUUACCUGGAGCCUCUUCAGUGGAGCCCGAACAGCUAGGAAGUGUCCCGACAGAUGAGUCUGCCAUUACACAGAUGUGUGAAGUCACAGGAGGUAGCCUUUUUGCGCCUUUUUCUUGGUUUGCCAACCUCAAUCCAUCUACUUUGAAAUCAUGACGAGCAUUAGUGCAUUGACACGUAACAUCUGGCUAAGCUUCUCAUUCGUGUCUAUAUGUGCCUAGAUGCCUGUGUCAAACCAAAACCACCAGAAGGCCUGUAUUACACAAAUCCAGUUAAAAAAACACACACGUAAUAGGCCAUAGUGUAACAAUUGCAAAGUUCUUUACUAGAAACUACUUACUUCGUGACAUAAUACAUUAAAAGAUAGCUUUUCAGUUGAUCACCAGGUCCAGUAUGUACAAAAUACAAAUCCUGUUUUGUCAGUGCCAUAGUACUGAUCUAAUUUCUCUAUUUUCUCUUGUAUUUUCCUGUCUGAUAUAUUCCUUAGACGAGUGAUAUGAAAUACUCUUCUAAGUGUCUAAUGAAGAUGAUAGGGUUGGCAGGCAUACUGAACUUAGUGAUCAACUGAAAAGCUACUUUAAGUAGUUUAGGUUUUCUGGUUGUUUUGGUUUUGCGUUUUUUUGUGGCUGUUUAUACUAAAAAUAAAUAAAUGGGUACACUCAUGUAGAAAAAGACAAGUUAUUAAACAUGUUUACCUUCUUUCAGAGUGAAGGUGACCAGGUGCUUAAUGGUGACAUGAACUUUGAGUCUGUAUCUAAGCAAAAAGGACGUUUAGAGAGGCAUGGAGCCUCACUUGCUGAGUAUGUUAAGAAUAAUUUGAUUCCUAGAGGGUUACGCAUCCCAAAGGCACCUACUCAAUUCAAAGAGGAUAACAGAUUUGUGGAAAAAUGGGUGUGAACAAAUUCUCAACAAAUGUUCCAGUGAUUUAAUGUUGUUAAUAAUAGAACAAUUCGUAGCCAGUUUAGACCAGAUUAAUAAGGAUAUAGAGGAGGCGAAAGAAUGUGGUGAAGCCAAGCUAAACAAACUUGAUUAUGACAAACUCAUACAAACGACAGAAGAAUACAUGAAGAACUUCUCUAAUGAACUCACUAAUUUGAAAAGGAAGAAAUUAAGUAGAGAUCAUAAUGACUAUUCAACAGAUGGAGUUUAUUUAUGGCUUACCCCCACUGGACAGGUUGAAAAAAAGUCCAAGAGACCUACUAAUCAACAAACCUUGACCACUCCUGCAGAUUAUGAUACACUGGUACCUCGGGUUAAGAACUUAAUUCGUUCUGGAGGUCCGUUCUUAACCUGAAACUGUUCUUAACCUGAAGCACCACUUUAGCUAAUGGGGCCUCCUGCUGCCGCUGCGCUGCCAGAGCACGAUUUCUGUUCUCAUCCUGAAGCAAAGCCCUUAGCCCAAGGUACUAUUGCUGGGUUAGCAGAGUCUGUAACCUGAAGCGUAUGUAACCUGAGGUACCACUGUACUUCUAGUUUUUCUAGCUAGAGUGGAACAGAUGAAGAUAGGGAACCUAGACUCAGAUCAUUGUCUGCCUGUGCCAGCAUCUCCCAGUGCCAGGUUCUUUUGUCUGCCAACCCUAUCAUUAGACACUUAGAAGAUUAUUUCAUGUCACUCGUCUGAGGAAUACAUUAGACAGAAAAAUACAUUUUACAUUUAUGUGUAUAUGCCUAUGUCUGCAAAAAGGUCCUGAAUGGGGUAACUGUGCCCCUGAAGGACCAGGUGCGCAGCCUGGGCUUCAUUUUGGAUCCAUGGAGGCGCAGGUCCAUUCUGUGUCCAGGGCAGCUCCAUCUGGUACGCAGGAUGAGACCCUCCCUGCCUGCAGGCUUUCUUGCCAGAGCGGUGCACACUCCGGUUAUCUCCCACUUGGACUACUGCAAUGCACUCUACGUGGUGACCCGUGAAGGUGACCCGGAAACUACAAUUAAUCCAGAAUGCGACAGCUAGACUAGUGACUGGGAGCGGCUGCUGAGACCACAUAACACUGGUCUUGAGAGCAGAGCGAGGACCACCUUCUCCUGUGCUGGUCGGCUUCCUGUUGGCUGCAGGAAGCUCCUGCAGCCAAUGGGAAACUGCUCGUGCCUCCUCCGCACCGGAAGCAGUGUCGUUAAUAGCAUUUGUGCAUGCGCGUGCACACUCCAGCCCACCACAGCAUCUGUGGGACCAUGAACUGACCCCUGAGAUAAAGCUUUUAUUUCCUGCUAAACCUGGAAGUCAGGUAGGCAUUCAACCUAGCGCCAGGUUCAACUUCCUUGGCGGUGUACCUCAUGAGCUAGCAGAAUGGCUUGCAUGAGAGAAGGCUACAGGAAGUCACAGUGUUUCUCAUGGCUGGUUGCACAACAGAUUGCUGUAGCCCCGAUCCGUCUUGUUGCCCAUCCAGUCUCAAAGUAAACCCAUUGGCGUUGCUAUUGUGCAGCUAUUCUCACCCUUACGCUAGCACAACAGCCCUUGCACUGGCUGUUUGAAAACAUGGAAUCUGUGCCAUAGUUUUGUUCUGAGGCAGGAAUCCCCAACCUGUGGUCCUCCAGAUGUUUUGGCCUGCAACUCCCAUGAUCCCUACCUAACAGGACCCCAGUGGUCAGGGAUGAUGGGAAUUGUAGUCCAAAACAUCUGGCGGGCCAAAGGUUGGGGAUGCCUUAUCUGAGGUAUGAUAAGACCGAAACCCGUGUAUUCUGUUCAGUGGCGCUUCUUUACAAAGGGGAUAAACAAGAUUCAGCAGCUUGUGUGCAAAGUUAAAUAUCCUCCGCUUUAAUCAGGCCAGGCAUUGGUGCCAUAGGGAAGACAAUGGCAGGGGGCGCUUGUACCUCACAUACAACAAUACUGAUGUCUUCUUUUUUCCCAUAAGCUGGUAUGAUGGAAAGUCUACUUCAUGGGUAGGCAAACUAAGGCCCAACCGCCUUCUAAAUCUGGCCCGCGGACAGUCUGGGAAUCAGUGUGUUUUGACACUAGUAGAAUGUAUCCUUUUAUUUAAAAUGCAUCUCUGAGUUAUUUGUGGGGCAUAGGAAUUCGUUCAUUUUUUAUUUUAUAUUUUGAAAUAUAGUCCAGCCCCCCACAAGGUCUGAGGGACAGUGGACUGACCCCAUGCUGAAAAAGUUUGCUGACCCCUGGUCUGUUUCAAUAGUAGCCUUUUGCCAUAUUCACAAGUCAUGUUGCCUUCAGAAUCUCCUUAUCUCUUCGCUUUCCAUUAUAGGACGUUCCUAUUGUGUUCGGACUCAGAGGAUGCUGAACCAGUGUUUAGAAUCUCUUGCUCAGAAAGUUCAGAGUGGUGUUGUCAUAAACUUUGAGAAAUCUGGACCCGAUCCACCCUACAUUGGGGAAGGUAUGGUAAACGCUUUAUGACCAUUGUAAACUCUUAAGGUUUGCAAAUGUGUAAACGUCUUUGGUAAAAAAAAGGACGAUAUUGCAAAACCAGAGUAGAUUCUGUACACAAUAUUGUAUUAUAACUUUGCUUCUGACAUUUCUGUUGAACAAUUAUCUUCAGUUCUUUGAAUGCUUAAACUGGUUCAUUUCUUGCUCCGGAAAUGAUUCUCCUGCUGCAUGUUUUCAUUCUUGGAUGCAAAACUAAUCUUUAUCUUAAACACAAAACCACCACGCAGACUUUUUAAUCUCCCCUCCCCCAAAUUAUCUUAGGCACAAAACCAGUCAAUAGACCUACUUUUCCCAAAACAGUCUUAGAUGUGCAACCACUACACAGACUUCUUUGUUUUUCCAACUCAAAAUAUCAGUUUUACAGCUAAUCUGUUCGCGCGUGGCUUUGAGAAAACACAUCUAAGUAGUGAUUGGAAAAGUAAUGCUUGAGACCUAAUGUGCUGUACUAACUUAUUAUUGUUCUCCUUUUGGAUUUUAGAUGGACUUGUUGAUGUCACCAGACCUAUCAAUUCUUUUGGUUCUCAGCCAUGGCACAGCUGUCAUAAGCUCAUCUAUGUGAGGCCUAAUCCUAAAACAGGCGUUCCUGUUGGGCAUUGGCCAAUUCCAGAAUCCUUUUGGCCCGAUCAAAAUUCACCAACACUGGUAUGUCGCAGGGCUUUCAAGCUUCUUUGCAGAUACGGUCAACGCAAAUGUCUUUUGGUGACCAUUGGUAAUGUGGUGGAAAGUAGCUGGACAGCUUAGUCGAUAGAGCAUGAGACUCAUAAUCUCAGGAUCGUGGAUUUGAGUCCCACCUUGGGCAAAAAGGGUUCCUGCGUUGCAGGGGGUUGCAGGGAAAGCAAAUGAUCCUUGCUUUCCCUUCCAGCUCUGAUUCUCUGUUUUCAGAUCGCAUCCAAUCUCAAGUAACACUGGGUAGCCCUAAUACAUGGGUCAGCAAACUAAGGUCCACGGGUUGGAUCAGGCCCAAUUGCCCACGGGCAGUCCUGGAAUCGCCGCUUGGAUCGGCGUGAUUGUUCGGGGUUGCGCCAUUUUUUUGCAUUUUUUUUUAGGUGCCUUCCCCCACACUGCCUCCUCCCUCCCGGCUUCUCCCCAUCCUGCGAAGGAAGGGAGCUGGGCUUUGAUUGGUGCCAGCCAAUCCAAAGCCUCGUCGCCCACGCGCCAAGGUGUGGCCCAGGCUCACCAUCUGCCCUCUGGCCUCUCCACCCAUGGCUGCGCUGUGGGCAUCGUGACGGCUGCGUCGCGGGGCUUUGGCUGGAGCUGGGUGCGUCUGUGGGCCCUGUGCCUGGCGCCCUGGAAAGCUGGCCCGGAAAGCAGAGGCGGCGGCGGCUCCCAACCGCAGGCAGAGCGGCGGAGGAGGUAGGAAAGCAGGGGGGGAGGGGCUGGGGGAGAGAGAGAAGCCCCCUUCUGCUGCACGUGCGCAGUCCGGCCCGCCACAAGGUCUGAGGGGCAAUGAACCGUUCUCCUAAAAAUGUUUGCUGACCCCUACCCUAAUAUCCCCCCUUGCAACCUCUUAAUUCUCCCACUGUGGGGAUCAUGUAGGCCAGAGGUCAGCAAACUUUUUCAGCAGGGGGCUGGUCCACUGUCCCUCAGACCUUGUGGGGGGCCAGACUAUACUUGGAAAAAAAUAUAUGAACGAAUUCCUAUGCCCUAUAAAUCACCCAGAGAUGCAUUUUAAAUAAAAGCACGCAUUCUACUCAUGUAAAAACACACUGAUUCCCGGACCAUCUGCGGGCCAGAUUUAGAAGGCGAUUGGGCCAGAUCCGGCCCAAUCACAUUCUUAUCCGGCCCCUGGGUGGUCUGGGAAUCAGUGUGUUUUGACACAAGUAGAAUGUGCCCUUUUAUUUAAAAUGCAUCUCUGGGUUAUUUGUGGGGCAUAGGAAUUCGUUCAUCCCCCCCUUCCCCCCCAAAAUCUAGUCCGGCCCCCCACAAGGUCUGAGGGACAGUGGACCGACCCCCUGCUGAAAAAGUUCGCCGACCCCUGUUACAGACCAACCUUCUGGAACAUUGUGACUAAUGUAUUCUACAUUUUGAACACUUGGUGCUGGGUAGCUAUUGAGCUAGCCAUUCUUUGCGAUGUUUUGUGGAGUAUUAUGAAAAAAGGAAUAAAUUAACCUAGCUGGCCAAUUGGCUCUUGGGAUGACGCCCUGUAAGCUCGGUAGUGGCACCCGCCCUGUGGAACGCCCUCCCACCAGAUGUCAAAGAGAAAAACAACUACCAGACUUUUAGAAGACAUCUGAAGGAAGCCCUAUUUAGGGAAGCUUUUAAUGUUUGACGGACUAUUGUAUUUUAAUGUUCUGUUGGAGACCGCCCAGAGUGGCUGGGGAAACACAACCAGAUGGGUAGGGUAUAAAUAAUGAAUUAUUAUUAUUGUUGUUGUUGUUAUUUCCCUUUUCCUCCAAAUGGUUCUUAUUCCCGUUCUUCCUUCCCCCCCACUUCCUAGCCUCCCCGCACAGCCCACCCAGUGGUGAGGUUCUCCUGCACGGAUUGCGAGCCCAUGGUGAUCGACAAGCUUCCCUUUGACAAGUACGAGCUCGAACCAUCACCUCUAACUCAGUACAUCUUGGAGCGGAAGUCGCCUAUUGUGUGCUGGCAGGUAUUUGCGAUAUACCCAUUCCAGGGUUCCCAAGCCAGUCCGGGAUAAACUUUGCAGGUGAAAGUAGAGAGAAUGCCCUGUAUUAGUCUCUCUCUCUCCCCCCGCCCCCCCAAUAGCAGCCAGGUCGUCGCAUGUUGAAGACCGUAGCUUGGGACCUCAGCAUUUGCAAUCCAGCUUAGCAGAGCUGGAGAAGAACUUUCUCUUCCUGAGGACUGUUCCCAGUUGAAACAUUGGUUUUCGACAUCUGCCCAUGCGCCAUUGCAGAAUUGCUAAUCCCUUACAGCCCUUUAGUGCCGCUAUAUGCCACGCUUUUUAGAUAAAAGUUCAGAGAAGUUGCAACUUUUUUUAAAAGAAAAAAAAAAAGGUAAAGGGACCCGGGACCGUUAAGUCCAGUCGCGGACGACGGGUUGCGGCUCUCAUCUAACUUUACUGGCCAAGGGAGCCAGUGUUGUCCGCAGACAGUUUUUCCGGGUCAUGUGGCCAGCAUGACUAAGCCGCUUCUGGCGAAACCAGAGUAGCACACGGAAACGCCGUUUACCUUCCCGCCGGAGCGGUACCUAUUUAUCUACUUGCACUUUGACGUGCUUUUGAACUGCUAGGUUGGCAGGAGCAGGGACCGAGCAACGGGAGCUCACCCUGUCACGGAGAUUCGAAGCGCCGACCUUCCAAUCGGAAAGGCCUCGGCUCAGUUGUUUAGACCACAGCGCCACCCGUGUCCCUUUCUGCAACGUUUUGAGAAGCUCAUAUUUAUAAUAACAAUACAAGAAUUAUCAAAAUGGAUCACAUUUUAUUCAAGCCUAGCCUUAUCUUCAUUUAAGGAGCCCAAGCAAAAGCAUUCUUUUUCUCCCAGGCCAUUGGCUAACAAAACCAUCUACCGUGCCAUGUACCUGUGCAGAACAGGCACGUCCGGUUGCGGAAACCUUGGGAUCUGAUCGGAGUCGAGCCCAUUGGCAACCGGAGGUACAGUGGCACCUCGGGUUAAGUACUUAAUUCGUUGCGGAGGUCCGUUCUUAACCUGAAACUGUUCUUAACCUGAAGCACCACUUUAGCUAAUGGGGCCUCCCGCUGCUGCCGCGCUGCCGGAGCACAAUUUCUGUUCUCAUCUUGAAGCAAAGUUCUUAACCUGAAGCGCUAUUUCUGGGUUAGCAGAGUCUGUAACCUGAAGCAUAUGUAACCCGAGGUACCACUGUACCACUAUAUCUUGGUUUGAUAAGGGGGAGGGGGAGAAGGAAUCUUUGCUUUGCAGAAGCAAUGCCUCCCCAUAAACCAGGUAUGUCCAAAGUGCGUUCCAGGGGCCUCAUCUGGAAGUCAGGGAGGGGGACGGGAGGAAGUCAAAGCUCAAUUUGCGCCAAGAUCUAUGUGAUGAAGAAAUUUCAUUUGGUUGUUCUAAAGCAGGCAUGUCCAAGGUCCGUUUCGGGGGCCCAGUCUGGCACGCUGGUUGGUUUAAUCCGGUUUAUUUCCUGGGGUAAAGUCCAAAAAAAAAACCCUCAACAACUUCAAUCCUAAAAAAAGCUCAACUUUGGGGUAAAAUCCUAAAAGAAGCUCAACAGCUUCAACCCCCCCCCCAAGUUCAAAAACUUCAGCUCUAAAGAAACCUCAAUUUGGGGGUAAAUCCUAAAAAAAGCUCAACAGCUUCAAUCCCAAAAGAAUCUCAACAACUUUGGUCGGCCCUCACGCAUUUUCACUUCAUCAAAUCUGGCCCUCUUUGGAAAAGGUUUGGGCACCCCGAUCUCUGGUCUUAAACUGUGAGUGUGGGGAGUUAUUGUUUUGAUUUGCUACUAUACUAUUCAUUUUUGUGUCUUUACACCGUAGACUGCGUUUUGAUCCUCGGAUGAAAGGGGGGUAUAGAUAUUUAAUAAAUAAAAGACAUUGCCUUCUGAUACUUUUAAUUUAAAAGGUUUUUUUUUUAAAAAAAAUGGACUCUGCAGCCCUUGAACAAUUAUAUACCCAAUCAUUUGCAACUGACUUGAGUGGGAAGUUGAUCAGAUCCAGAGCAUUUUCCUAAUUGCUUAAACAAUUGUCAAUCAAGUGGGCAACACUAUCUCUAUUAUUCUUAGUCCCGUGUACCAAUUUUAAGUUGAUUAUUUGAGUGAUCUGUUUGAGUAGCCAAAAAAGCUCCAAUUACCCUGUGGAGGAAUGGAGAUUUCGUUUUAAAAGAUAAGUCUGCUGGGUGUUGACAGUGUGAGACCGCCUUUUGAGCAAGGGCUGGUGAUGAGUUUUCUUGCAUUUGGGUUCUAAGAACAUGGUUGGGUUUCCUUUUUCCUCUCCUCCCCCCCCCCCCAUGUACACUAAUCUGUUAGAAAUGAAAAAUACAAAACAAUAACCACACGUAGAAAACAAAUAAUACACCCAUGUGACUUUUCUCCUCCAAUACCCGUCAUCUCUUAACCUUUAAGUCAGGCAUCCCCAAUCUUUGGCCCUCCAGGUGUUUUGGACUACAAUUCCCAUCAUCCCUGACCACUGGGGUCCUGUUAGCUAGGGAUCAUGGGAGUUGUAGGCCAAAACAUCUGGAGGGCUGCAAGUUGGGGAUUCUUUCUUUAAGUUCUUAAUUAACAUUGCAUCUUUGGUAUCUCACCCCCAAUACUCCCAAUAUAUAACUUUUUUCUAGUUUCACUUUGCAAGCUUAAUCUAUACAUAUCAACAUAUUACCCUUAGAGCAGUGUUUUUUCAUGUAAAUUCAAAACUUUGCCAUUCUGUCCUUAAUUUCUGGCAUGUCUGAUACCUUAUGGCUGCUGUUAAAUUUACUAAUUCUUUAAAUUCAUUUAAUUUACAUCUCCAAUCUUCCUUUGUGGGGAUAUUUCCGUUCCAAUUCUUUGCAAGUAAUAAUCUCGCUGCGGCUGUGGUUGGGCUUCAAACCCACAAUGUCCUUCCUAGAAGUGUAGCUCUGCAGAGCUGGUUCUAGCCAUGUAUGUUUCUUCGGUCUGUGAAUUGGUGGUGCUGUUUUAUUUCACCCCAGAUUUGAACCUGGAAAGAUCUCCAGAGCCCCAUAAGAUCUAAAAAAAAAUCCAAAUGCAAUGAAAUUGGGGCUGCUUCUACAGCCUCCAACACCUGGGGUUGUUCUCGAAUAUAGUGUGUCUUCUCCUCUUCCUCCCAAACCCACCAGUUCUUAACAAGAACCUGUGGCUGUUUGGUUUGACCUCCCAAGGGCUGGCAGUGGAGUGGUCUGUUAUUAUUAAUAAUUAUUAAUUUAUUAUUUAUUCCCCAGCCACUCUGGGUGGCUUCCAACAGAACACUAAAAACAGAAUAAAACUUCAAACAUUCAAAACUUCUCUAAACAGGGCUGCCUUCAGAUGUCUUCUAAGAGUCCGAUAGUUGUUUAUUUCUUUGACAUCUGAUGGGAGGGAAGGCCCGCCGAGAAGGCCCUUGGCCUGGAUCCCUGUAACCUUGCUUCUCGCAGGGAGGGAACUGCCAGAAGGCCCUUGGGAAAGGAACCCCGGCAUCUGGGAUGGAGACGCUUCUUCAGGUCUACUGGGCCAAGGCUGUUCAGGGCCUUUGAAUUGUGCUUGGAAACGUCCCGGGAGCCAGUGCAGGUCUUUCAAGACUGGUGUUAUGUGGUCUCGGCGGUUGCUCCCAGUCCCCAGUCUGGCUGCCGCAUUCUGGAUUAAUUGCAGUUUCUGAGUCACCUUCAAUGGGAGCCCCACGUAGAGCCCAUUGCAGUAGUCCAAGCGGGAGAUAACUAGAGCAUGCACCACUCUGGUGAGACAGUCUGCAGGCAGGUAGGGUCUCAUCCUGCAUACCAGAUGGAGCUGGUAGACAGCUGUCCUGGACACAGAAUUGACCUGCACCUCCAUGGACAGAGGUGAGCCCAAAAUGACCCCCAGGCUGCGCAGCUGGUCCUUCAGGGACACAGUUGCCCCAUUCAGGACCAGGGAGUCCCCUCCCCAGCUGCUCACGCAUAACAGUACUUCUGUCUUGUCAGGAUUCAACUUCAAUCUGUUAGCCGCCAUCCAUCCUCCAUCCGCCUCCAGACACUCACACAGGACCUUCACUGCCCUCACUGGUUCUGAUUUAAAAGAGAGGUAGAGCUGGGUGUCAUCCACAUAUGGAUGAACCUCUAGCCCAAACCCCAUGAUGAUCUCUCCCAGCGGCUUCAUGUCAACGUUAAAAAGCCGGGGGGGGGGGGGAUGGAGCCCUGAGGCACCCUGUUGUCUCCCAUCCAGAACAACGCACCCUUUCACUCUCCGAGGGCCGAGAGAGGGGAGGCAGGGGCCGUAGUUGUGCUUCAGGCAGUGAAGAUCUGAUUUUAAUAAUAGCCCACCAUCUGGACAAGUGGGGCCAAUACCACUGAAAAGUACAGUAGUUCUAGACUUCCGGGGUGGCACCAUCGGCAAUGGCGGACUCCCUCUGAUCUGGAGGGACUAGCUCCACGCGAAAUGGGUCUUUUCCGCUAUGGCGAAGCGGGGACCCUUUCAAAAAUCACAGGCGGAUGAAGCCUGUGACCAUGGGACUCGGCGGACACCUUUAGCGCCCCCCCAACCCGCAAAGGAACCCACUAACGGGCUCCGGAGCAAAGCGGGGGAAGUGGCGCGGUGCUGAGAGUCAGCUGCUCCUUCCGUGGAGCGAAGCCGCACAGCCAUUGCCGGAGAGAGCUGCCUUUUUCCUGGGACAAUUUGGCUUCUAAAAUAAUCGCCCGUGAGUACUUAAAUUUCGGACAAUUGGACUUUAAAUAAGGACUUGCGAGCAGAAAGGAAAAUUGGACUUAAAAGUUUACCUCAAUUUGGCACUGAAACGGGAAGGUCUAAACAGGAAGUCAGCCUUCCGUUUCUUUGUAGAUAGAUUAAAGCAAAGACAUGGCAAACUAGAGCUCAGAAAAUCGCUUGUAAAAGAUUAACUUUCAUCAUUUAAAAUUGUUGAACCCCCUUCGGAAGCAGAAGAGGGGGGAUUUUUUCGGACUGUUUAAACCUGCAGAAGUGAGUGUAAAGUAAAGUAAUUUUCCACCGUCCUGAUCCUGGAGCGGGGUGUCAGGACUGACGUUUAUUGAAGCUCAUUGACCAGAGACAAACGUUUUUGACAGAUAGCUAUAAGAAGAGAAACAUUGAUUCCAUUGUUGCCCUUCGCAUUUUAAAGGAACAAAUAUUGACAAAAUAUCUGAAAAAGGAAACUUUGUUGUUAGACUUGUCUUUAAAAGAAAGAUGAAAUAGAAGUUUUCCCCCUAGAGGGAGACUGUGAAACUGUAACCAACUCCGGGGAGCUUGCAGCUGUUACAGAUUACAAUCGUGGGAAUAGACUUCUGACCUUGCAGGACAAUGUAUUCAGAAGCUCUGUUGUGUGCUUUCUGUAAAACAAAUGCCCUACUGGAACAGCUACAUGAGAAGAUGGACUUGAUGACUGAUGCGAUCAGAAAUUUUGAACAGGCAGUGGGAAAUUAUAUGGAGCCCACCCAGGAAUUAAAUCAGGAGUGUGCCCUGACAGAACAGAUGAGGGAAGAGGAUGUUGCUGAAUCUUGGGCGCCAGAGAUGAAGGAAGCUGUGGCCCAGCAGGAACAUGAGCUUUUGGAUUUGACAAAUGAACUUGGAAAAAGUCAGAUUUGGAAAGAUAAAGUUUGGUUUGGUUUGGAAAUGGGGGGUUGGAUAGACCCCCCUAUGCAGGGAUGUUUGGACUUUUCAAGUCUGGCAAUGGGCCGUGAGAUGUUUGGGGUUGUGGGGGCUCUUAAUUUUGGAGGGAUUUUGAAACAUGUUCUUAAAUACCACAUGGAGUUUAGUGUGGACUAUGGAAAAGGGGCUGAUUUGUCGAGAAGGGUCAAAAACAUUGUUAAGCUGGAGUUCCCACGAGUGAAAGAAGCAGGAGACAAAGGAAAAUACAGUUAGAAAUAUGAAGAAGAGCCGCGGAAGGGACAUGGAAGAGACUUAAGGGCCUCGGAUACAAGGUUACCAGGUUAAUGCGCUAGAUCGAUGGGAUAAUAAGGACUGACAAAACCCGGGACCAGGAGGAAGGGACGCUGGAUGAAGAUUGGAUUGUUUUUAUUUCUUUUUUUUACUACUAGGAUUGUUUUAUAAAUUGAUGAAUGUUAGAAAAAUGUUGGAACGAAAUUACUUGGCUUUAGCAAAAAUGUUUAAAGAAUUAUGUAAGAAUAUUAUGGUUACGAGAAGUUGGUAAAAAUAAGAUUUAAGUUUUAAGCUUUAAGGUUCUUUAUAAUAAGAGAAGAUUAAAAUAGAUUAAGGUAAUGUAAUGACAGAAUAUUAUGAAAUAUGGAAAGGAUUUGCUGCGACAAUUAACAACUAGGAUACAAAAAAAGGGAGGAGGAGGAGGUCAAAGAAAGAAGGCAAUGACAGUUGAGGAUUUGAGAAUGAUGGAUUUGUUUUUGAGUGUUUGUGGUGUACUUUUGUUUUUUUGAAUUUGUAUUGUUUGAUGUGGUUUGUUUUUUCUUUGUUUUUUCUUUCUCUUUUUCUGCUUUGUUCUCUUUUGUAAUUCUAAAAAUUUUCAAUAAAUAUCAUUUGAAAAGUGCAGUAGUUCCUUAAUAGCUGUACCCCAACAUCAAGGAAUAAUACAGUGGACCCUGAAGGUAACGUAACUUUCCAGUUGCGAAUGCAGCAAACCCGGAAGUGUAGAAGCGCCCUAUCUGGAGGACCCACUGUAAAAGGGCCUAUCUAAGCACUUUAAAUUUUAGGUGAUUAGAAGCUUUGAUGCACUCUCUAGUCCAGGGGUGGUGAACCUUCAGCCUUCCAGCCGUUCAGCAACAUCCGAAGGGUUCCCCUACAUAUUGUUCUGUGGACUGGAAUUGGGUUUGUAGUGAGACUGAUGUCAAUUAAUGUGGAGCCGCCUCAGAGCCAUCAUAGGCUUGCCUGCUGAUUGAUAAAUGUGUUACAAAAACAAUAGGAAUAUUACUGCUUGAAUAUAUUCAGCAAUUCACUUAUAACAGGCACAUCCAACUGGUAGAUCGUGAUCUACCAGUAGAUCACUGGUUCCCCUAUAAAAGCUCAACAUUUUUGCCCUUCAACCCCGAAAAACGGGGCUUUCCUCCUCCCUAAAAGAAGUUCAACAGCUUUGACCUGAACCCCAAAAUAGGGGGUAGAUCACCAUUACUGCCAGUUUAUGAGUAGAUUUCAGUCUCUCAGGAGUUGGCCACAUAACAUUCAUAACAUUUUCUUUCUUCCAAUCAUAAUUACAGGGCAGAUCACAGCAUAGUAUAGCAAAUACAUAAAACCCACCGAUCAAACAAAGUGAAUUUACAAGAAGUUCAGUCAGCUUUUGUGGGUUUUCCCCCCGUCAGCUUGAAUCAGAAUGUCAUGCAGACCAGCUGCUUUUCUCAUGAUCAUAUUAACUGGUGGUACUGUCCUGAGGUAACAGCUGUCCAUAAAGGAAUAAGAGUGAUUUUAUUAUAGAUAGUGUAAUUAUUGGACGCCUGGUUUGACUCUUGGUAGAAAGCUUUGUGCGUUGGUAGCUCUGUUCAGCCAAGAAACUUCCUUUUCUGUGUCUUGCAGGACCGUAAAUGGGCAAAAACCAAGUAAACUGCCCAGGAUUCCUCCCCUGAGCCUCUGAGAGAAGGGGGAAAACAAUUGCGCUGUGACUAUUGCAAAAAACACACGCCACGCCACGUCUGUGAAAACGCCAGGAUGUUUUGAAUUCCUCCGAAGGCCAGCAGCCCCUUGCAUGUGCUGAACUUUUGUCUCUUCCUUUGUCGUUCUCCAGGUGUUUGUGAGCACCAGCGGCAAGUACAGUGAACUGGGCCACCCCUUUGGAUACCUGAAAGCCAGCACCACUCUGACGUGCGUCAAUCUCUUUGUCAUGCCGUACAACUACCCUGUCCUUCUCCCUCUGCUAGGUGAGUGUGGUGCAGAGUGUCUCGGCGCAGCCGAGCAGGAAAGGGAGCCUGUCUGCCCGCGGUGUUUACUUGCCAGCCGUUUUCUUAGGUGGGACGGGAGGCCGGAGCGCCUCGAGGGUUGCAGGCGGCUCCAUUGGAAGGAGAGGGAUUUUUACACCCGCCCUCUCCCUUUUUCUCUCUGCAGCAGAGGAGGAGAGCCGCCUGCUUCGUGGGCAUGUUUGACGCUGCUCACCUCCUCGACUCGUAGCUCCUUCCUUAAUUGGAGUAAGGUUCAACCUCCGUUCUUUUCCCCUCUUUCAGGACGUUGGUGCCUGCAUAGUCUUUUGCAGCAGCGUUGUGUUGCCCGUUUUUCAUUGGGCUUUGUGAGCUGGGGGCGCACAUUUCCAAAGGGGGCACACGGGGAAGAAGGCAUCCCAGAGAGGACUAGAAUAUGGUUACCAGAUGUUCCUGGGACCACAAAUAUAUGCCUCCAAGAAGCAAAUGGGAUUAGAACCUUUCAAGAAGUGGUCCAGGAAACAAGAACAACUCCGUAUGGGGCUGUGUGUUCUUCCAGAGAGGCAAGAAAUAUGGUUACCAGGCGGCCCCGUUUCCCGGGGAAAGUCGCCGGAUUUACAAACCUGUCCCUGGACAACAUCCAUCCCUGGAUUUCAUUUCAUGUCCCCGGAUUUAUAUUUUAAGCGUUGUAGAUUUAUUAGUAGGAAAUGAACAUUGCGUGAUUGGUUCAAUGGCAGAAGACACAUCACACAGGGACUUAAGGUGAGGCAAAAUGGCAGGUGCCACAGCAGUGAGCAGCUCCAGAAGCCACUGGAGCCAAUUGCACUACCAGGCUACUGAGGCUGCCUCUACUGCCAAGGAGCAAAUGACGCCCGACGCAUCAACUGGGGGAACCACUAACCUGCCCCCUGCAACCCAAAUCGAGCCGGGGGUGAGAGCAUCCAGCUGACUGCCCAGUGGCGCUCCAGGGCCAGGAAAACCCCAGAGCCAACGCAGGGAGGAGGAGAGGAGGAGGAAGGAGAAAAAAGAGGCAAGCCCCGACCUUGACGCGCCAUUGCCGGAUAUCGUCUGGGGACAGAUUUGUAAAUCCAGGGACUGUCCCCGGGAAACGGGAUUGUCUGGUAACCAUAAUAUAGAAGUGCAUGCGCCUUGAGCUAUUUCUUGCCUCUCUGGAAGAACACACUCGCACACCCAUACGGAGUUGUUCUUGUUUCCUGGAUCACUUCUUGAAAGGUUCUAAUCCCAUUUGCUUCUUGGAGGCAUAUAUUUAUGGUGGCUGCAUUUUAAAAACACAAGCUCUGCUGAACCUGCUCUUCCGUGCCCCCUUCCCCGCAACUCUUUAAUAGAAGGUUUUGGGGAAAUGCUCAGGCAGGCUUCAUGAAUCGCCUGGGGCUUUCCAGAGGCUUUGAAUUGCUUUGGUGCAGCUCAUGGUGUCCUGAAGCGAUCUCCUCUUGUUUCUCUGCCCCCCAAAAAGCACAACUGUGAGGUUCCUCCUGACUGCAACCCGUUAAAAAAUUCUUUCCCCAACAUUCAUGUAGAAAGAAUCUUACAUCAGAGGACUCUAUUUUUGUCUGCAUCAGCCUUCCUUGUUCAAUAGGUGCUAUUUGUUGGAUGUGUGGCCACUCUUCUGAGUGGUACCCCUUCUGUCAAAUAACCCUUGGAUUCUUCCAGGAAUUAAGCUACAAGGAAUUUUGCCAGUCUCAAUAAUGGCACAUGUAGGGUACCUUGUUUUGGGUCAAGCUUCUGUUGGGAAUAGUUUCUCAGAUACUUAGUAUCAUAAUUUACCAUACUUUUUUUGUGGCAAAGACUAGGUUAUUUUUUACUCUAAAACAGGCUUCUCCAAAAAUCCGUUCCGGGGGCCUAAUCUGGCCCCCCGGUCAGUUUAAUCUGGCCCCUGUGGCAGUUUAUUUCCUGGGGUAAAAUACUAAAGAAACCUUAACAUCAACCCUAAAAGAAGCUCAACAACUUUGGUUGGCCCUCAUGCAUGUUCACAUCAUCAAAUCUGGCCCUCUUUGAAAAAAGUUUGGGCACCCCAAUCUAAGGCCUUUAAAUUGUGAGUGUGGGGAGGGGGGUUAAUUGAUUUUGGGGUAAAACCCUAAAGAAAGCUCAACAACUUCAAAAGGUCGACAACUUUGGUUGGCCCUUUGGUCGGCCUCCACAGCCCUUCACUUCAUAAAAUCUGGCCCUCUUUGAAAAAAGUUUGGAAACCACUGCCUAAAAGAAUGUUAAAAAACCGGGGGUCAUCAUCUCCCCCCAUUUCCAUAAAUUUGUGCCCCCCAAAUAGGGGUCAUAUGAUACAUGGAAAAAUACGGUAAAUACACACUUAAAACAUUUCACUUUCAACAGUACCACAGAAUUAAUAGUUCAAAGUAUGGGCUCUCCCCUUUGCAUGGGAUUGUAAGGGGAAUAUACGGAAUGUGUUGGCAUCUAAAACGAGGAAAAUCUUAAGUUGUUUAGGACUUCAGAGGUCUUCAGACUGAGCACUGCUGGUUCCCUUCAUUCAAAGCUGUGAUUGUUACUCUGCUAAGGUACAGCUUAAUUUUUGGCUCUGUGGAUCCCUUCCACUGCCUGUGUCAAAACUGGAUAUAUAAGGAGGAGAGAGGCUAAAGAGAGAGAAAAGCCCAUGGAAGCAUAAAAACUCUCCAGAUUGUUGUUCUCAAGGGAUGUUCCCGCGGAGCAUGACUCUGCUCGGAUACUAUGACUGGAACAUGGGGCAUGCGGGUGACUGGUCUUGUUUCUCCUCCGUGCAGAUGACUUUUUUAAGGUUCACAAGCUGAAGCCCAAUCCAAAGUGGCGGCAAUCUUUGGACAACUACUUAAAAACCAUGCCUCCCUACUACUUGCUGGUACGUACCUCUUGCGAACUCAGUGGCCCUAAAUAAAUGAAUUGGUGGCUGGCUGUCCUUGGCAGAGCGGUUUUUACGUGUCUUCUGCUGGAAACCAAACAGCCCACAGGCCAGGGUUCAAAAACCAAAAAUGCUUUGCAGCUUAGCACGACUUACUGGCCCCUCGUCCUUGGAUUGCUAUCGAGCGCAAGUCCAGCAUUUAUUCUUUCGGCUCUCCCUCCUCCCCUUGGGAAUACUUCUUUGCUGCGACUGGCAGUGUGGAAAAGCUCCUAGUGAAGCCCUCCUCUGCCCCCGGAUAAAUCUCAUUUAACAAAGGGCUGGGCUGGGGAGGAAGCUGGGGGGUGCGGUGGAAGCGGCAGAAACCUCCCUCAUCGCUUGGGCAAGACGCCGCUGUGUGGACUUGCCAUAUCCCAGCAAUCAGGGACUCUCGCCUCUGUGUGGAAUCAGCUGGUGGUGCUGCACUGCAAAGCACCACGCUCGCAGUGUAGCCCGAUGCCCGCCGGCGAGCCAGCUGAAACCCACCUCGCUUCCCAAAGCGUCAAUGCCAAGCUUCCUCAACCUCGGCCCUCCAGAUGUUUUUUUGUUCUACAACUCUCAUGAUCCCUAGCUAGCAGGACCAGUGGUCAGGGAUGAUGGGAAUUGUAGUCUCAAAGCAUCUGGAGGGCCGAGGUCGCCUUUGCCUGCCUUAGCUUGACGUAACACUGAUCUGCGAGGAACUUUAAAAAAACAACGGAAAAACUUUUUUUUAAAAGAAAAAAGAAUAUUUUUGACCCUCUUCUUACUCUUUUUUGUUUUGUUUUCCUUAUAGCCGUUAAAGAAAGCCCUAAGGAUGAUGGGAGCUCCAAAUCUGAUAUCAGAUAAUUUAGAUUGUGGACUUAGUUACAGUGUUAUCUCUUACCUUAAAAAACUCAGCCAACAGGUAGUAUCGACAAAACCUUUGCAAUCAGAAGUACAUUGAUGAUGAUGACUAUGAUGAUGAUUUGUUUUAUUUUUAGUGUGUUUUGCUCUGGUUGUAUAAAUGCAUUGCUUAAGGAAGGUCCCCCCCCCCCCCGUUUUUUGAGAUGGGUAAAGACUGGCCUGCAUUUCCGUUUUCAUGUAAGUCAGGCUUCCUCAACCUUGGCCCUCCAGAUGUUUUUGACCUCCCAACUCCCACGAUCCUGAGCUAGCAGGACCAGUGAUCAGGGAUGAUGGGAAUUAUAGUCUCAAAACAGCAGGAGGGCCGAGGUUGAGGAAGGCUGAUGUAAGUGGUGGGGGCUGCUGGAAGAAGUUACUGAAGAAGAGGAAGACAACAAUUCAGCUUACUUGUCGCGUGUUCUUAGUUGUUUGCUGCUAAUGAGCAUUGCAGUCAACAUUGCGGAUGAUUUGAAAGAGUGGCAGCUGUCCAAUCUUAUGUGGCUGGUGGCCAAAGGCCUCCUGUCUUCCUGAACCCAGUUUUCAUAAGGGCUACCUAAAUCUGUAACAUCAAAGAAGUGCUAUUCCAGGUGUCAGCAAACUUUUUCAACAGGGGGCCGGUUCCCUGUCCCUCAGAACUCGUGAGGGCCUGGCCUAGAUUUUUUUGGGGGGGGAUGAAUGAAUUCCUAUGCCCCACAAAUAACCCAGAGGUGGAUUUAAAACAAAAGGGCACGUUCUACUCAUUUCAAAACACACUGAUUCCUGGACUGUCCGCGGGCCGGAUUGAGAAGGCGAUUGGGCUGGAUCCAGCCCCCGGGCCUUAGUUUGCCUACCCAUAGGCUAUUCCAGGCUUCCUCAACCUCAGUCCUCCAGCUGUUUGGGGCCUACAACUCCCAUGAUCCCUAGCUAGCAGGACCAGUGGUCAGGUGCGAUGGGAAUUGUAGUCUCAAAACAUCUGGAGGGCUGAGGUUGAAGAAGCCUGUGCUAUUCUUUCCCUUGCUCAAAUUCGCCCUUUCCCUGUGGUAUUUAAGAAACGCGACCAGUGCUUCUUCCUGUUCUGGUUUUGCCUAACAUUAAAUAGAGUAACCAGUUGUUACCAAAUUUUUCUGUGUAUAAGAUGAGGUUUUUUUUGACCCAAAAAUUGGGUUCAAAAUUUAGGGUCGUCUUAUACACGAGUAGUGCUGAGCAGGCAAAUGGUUUUUUGGCGCGAGCUUGUAAGCGGCGAUUGGCUGCUUGGUCAUUUGUGGGGGGCGGAUACUGAAAAUGGCUCACCCGCCAGAACGCAGCGCACAACCACAUGCGUCGCUCGCAAUUUUCGGCAUCCACUCCCCCCCCCAAACAAUGAAGAGGCAAAUCGCCGCUGAAAAUCUCAGGCUUCUGCUUCGUUCCGGUGGGUGGGCGAUUUUGGCAUUUGCUGCUUGAUUGUUGGGGGAGGGGAUGCCGGAAACUGCUCACCUGCCGGAAUGUGGCACAUAGCCACUUGUGUCGCAGCUGCCUGGUUGCCGCUGUUAGCCCUCCCAAUCCUGUUGCUGUAGCCAAUAGACAGCUGCCCUUGUCACCGCAAGCAGGAGCAUGAUUGGCAGCAAGCCGGACAGCUGAUAGGUGGUUUCUGUGACGUGAGCGGUUGUGCACUGCCUUAUGGUAGGUGAGUGAUUUUCGGCAUUCCCCCCACAUAGUCCUCGCCCCAAAGCUCAAUCCCCCCUAUUUUCUAAAUUUUGAGGCCCCCAAAAGUCUUAUACAUGGGGGCGUCCUAUAGAUGGAAAAGUGUGGUAAAUGCCGGCUAAAGCUUUCUACCUUCCUACGGACAAGGAGGAUGGAAGGAUUCAGCUCACACACAACAAGGGUGGAUUUUGCUGAUUUUGGAGAGCUUGGAAACAUCACUUGAGUAUCAUGCCUGCAGUUCUAGAAAAUCGGCCUUCCCCUCCAGGCGAAGCAUCUUGAAAUACUCAUGCAAGGGCCUUAUUGUCCAGUGAAAAUCAAGUCCACUGGUGGCCUAUUUGGCCCUCCAGCUGUUUGGGGACUACAAUUCCCAUCACCCCUGGCUUGUUUUGACAUGAGUAGUAUGUGUCCUUUUAUUUAAAAUGCACCUCUGGGUGAUUUGUGCGGCCUGCCUGGUGUUUUGACAUGAGUAGAAUGUGUGCUUUUAUUGAAAAUAAUCUCUGGGUUAUUUGUGGGGCAUAGGAAUCCGUUCAUCCCCCCCCCUCCAAAAUCUAGUCCGGCCACCGCAAGGUCCGAGGGACAGUGGACCAGCCCCCUGCUGAAAAAGCUUGCUGACCCCUGCAACUCUUUCAGCAUGUAGACAGCAGGCUUGGGUUGCCUUUUGACGCGGCCAGAAUUUGCUUUACGCUAGAGUCGUCUGCACUGCUGUUUGCUUAACAUGCCGUGUGCUUUUGUCAUAGACGAAAAUCGAGUCGGAGCGGAUCAUAGGGUCGGUGGGCAAGAAAGCCCCGCAGGAGACUGGCAUUAAAGUGAAGAACCACUCCAGCGGCCUCUCCCCGAUCCAGAACCGGGAUUUCAAACAGCUUCUUCGAGGGAUCUCGGGGGAAUCUCCGCUCAGGCUGUCCGAAACAAGCGCGAAGGAAUUUGCCGGCUUCCACAUAGGGCUCUUCAACAAGGUGGGUGUGCGGCGGCAUUCGCUCAAGCAUAUGAAACGGAGUCAUUGUCAGGAUUGGAAAGAAAAGAAAAAAGGGGGGAAUGGAGGGGAAGAAAAAAUGGAAAGGAAGGUGAUUUUAACCAGUUGUGUCCAAGCUUUUUCCAAAGAGGGCCAGAUUGGAUGGAGUGAAGGGCCGUGGGGGCCGACCAAAGUUCUUGAGCAUUGUUUAGGAUUGAAGUAGUUUAGGUUUUUUUAAGAUUGAAGUGGUUGAGCUUCUUCUACGAUUGAAGUUGUUGAGCUUUUUGAAGGGCUGGAGUUGUUGAGCUUCUUUGAUGAUUCAAGGCGUUGAGCUGCUUUUAGGAUUUUACCCCAAAGUUGAGCUUUUUUUAGGAUUGAAGUUCUUGAGGUUUUUUUAGGGUUGGAGUUGUUGAGCUGCUUUUAGGAUUGAAGUUGAGCUUUUUUUUGGAUUUUAUCUCAGGAAAUAAACUGCCACAGGGGCCAGGUUAAACCAGCCAGCGGGCUGGAUUGGGCCCCCGCAACGGACUUUGGACAUGCCUGUUUUUAACUUUAUGUAGUGGGUCUGUAAGGAGGCGAAGGCUUUAUGGGAAAUGAUUUAUUAUAAACUUUACAAAAUGUUGAAAAUAAACAUUUGUUUAAAAAACACACCAGAAGCCUUCUUAUUAAGCAUUGUAGGUAAUGAAAUUCAUAAGCAAGAUAAAAGCCUUUUUAUCUGCAAGAACUGCAGCAAGGAUAUUAUUAGCCCAGUGGUGGUAGGGUUGCAAGAAGUUUUGUAAGGUGGACUAUCAAUUACAGUGGUACCUUGGUUUACAACCACAAUCCGUUCCGGAGGUCCGUUUCUAAACCAAAACAGGUUGUAACCCAAGGCAUGCUUUCGUCGAUGGGGCCUCCCCCCAAAAUUUGUUUGUAAUCCUAAAAAAAGGGUUGUCAUCCAAAAAACGGUUGCAAACUGGGAACCGCAUUUCAGGGUUUGACGUGUUUGUAAUCUAAAACUUAUGCAAACCAAGACACCACUUUUAUAAUUUAAAAAUGGUUGAUUGACAGUUAGGAUUUAAUAGUAAUAAUUAUAAUUCCAAAAUGCAGUAUUAGAUAGUAAGUGGGGAAACCAUGAGUCGAGGAGGAGGGAAGUCUCAGGCUGUUGCUGCCAAAGGUUUUCUAUAUUAUAUAGCAAUUGAAUGUUACUUUGAAAAUAUUUGCAAAAACAAAUAAAAAUUAUUAUAUAUAUUAAAAAAUAAGCAAGGUGGGUGUGACAUGGUGCCAAGGGGCAACAAACUGCUUGCUUUGCAGCUUCCAUCUUUGCAAAUGAUCUGUUUUGUUUUGACAACAAACAGGAUCUGAAGCCACAGGCUUACAGGAACGCUUACGAUAUUCCUCGCCACAGCCUUUUAGACCAGCUGACCCGCAUGAGGACGAACCUGCUGAAAACACACAAGCUCAUUCUUGGCCAAGACGAAGGUGGGUGCUGUGUUGGUGUGGCACUGAAUUGAGGUUGACGUUUGGUUCCUUUAGGUCAAGGGCUGUUAAACCAAAGUCCACGGGCCAGAUCCAGCCCAAUCGCCCUCUGGAUCCGGCCCAUGUAUGGUUCUGCAAUCACCGCUUGGAUCGGCGUGAUCACCAUUCCCCCCCCCCCCCAUUUUGUUUUCGGGUGCUUUUUUUUGCAAUUCCCCCCCUGGACUACAUCUCCCAGCAAGCUCCAAGGUUUUUUCCUUCAUAACCAAUGAUCAGAUCUCUUUGAAAUUUUACACAGAGGUCAAUAAGAGGAUGAGGAUUUCAGGAAAAAAUACACCAGUACUCAAAAUAUUUUAUAAAUGCCUUUUUAUGGAGAAAAAUAAAAUAAAAUGUACAUGUGCUGAGGGUCUCGAGGUUUUUGAAAUUUUGAAGUACUAUAAUUAUUAUUUUUUUGAAAUUUUGAAGUGCUAUAAAAUUUAAACCGUUUGAGAUAGAGGGGGAAAAUUUAAGGCGAUUUCUUUCAACCAUAAGGGAAGGGUGUGUACACCAAGUUUCAUCCAAAUCCCAAGAUGGUGGGUGACAUGACCGCAUUGACAUGAUGUGGAAUGAGCCUUUAGGGAAGUUUCAGUCUUCUGGAAAUGAAGUGUGGUGUCCUUUCUGUUUCUGCUGCAGACUGUCUUCAUAGUGUUCCUGUGGCUCAGAUGGGGAACUACCAGGAAUAUCUCAAGAUGAUGCCCGCUCCUCUACGAGAAAUUGACCCAGACCAGCCCAAAAGACUCCAUACUUUUGGGAACCCUUUCAAGCAGGAUAAGAAGGUAGGCCGAUUUCACGGGGUCCCCUUCCCCCCCAGCAAUUUCUCACGGCCCGUGAGUGAGUGGAGUUGCCCCUUUCUUACAAAAGAAGAAGAAGAAGAACACCGCGGAUUGUUCUUAACGGGUGAUGAUGUGUCUUCCAGGGCAUGAUGAUUGAUGAAGCAGACGAGUUUGUCGCUGGUCCUCAGAACAAAAUCAAGCGCCCAGGAGAGCCCAACACGCCAGCUUCUCUGAAAAGGAGGCGCAGCAUGUCCCCGAUGCUAAGGCGGCCCCAGUCUCCACCAGCGAUAGCCAACCAUGUCAGUGGGAAGGGCCCCCCUUCUGCUUCAGGGGCACCAGCCAACACCACCCUCAAAGCCAUGCCAGCUUUCAAUGGUAAUUUGUGCUUAGCCUCCUAAAGGCUCCCUGAGCGAUUGCCGUCUGCCUCUUCAUGUGCUUUUGACAAUGUGUGUACUUCGGUGAAACAUGCAUUUUUUAUAAUUUUUUUAUUUUGGUCUUGUGUGCACUGAGGUUUUGUCUUCUGGAAUCAUUUUUAUAAGCAGAGGAAUUGAACUGUUUGACGCUAUUGUAAUAAAACAUACCCAGAAGCACUAUAAUAAAUAAGCAAGCUAACUUACUGAAACAAAACUCCUCCCCCAAGCAUGCUCCGGGCAGCUUCCAACAAAAGAUUAAAAGUACAUUAAAAGAUCAGUCAUUAACAACUUGCCCAAACAGGGCUGCCUUCAGAUGUCUUCUAAAUAUCAGGUGGUUGUUUAUUUCCUUGACAUCUGACGGGAGGGUGCCAUCACCAAGAAGGCCCUCUGCCUGGUUCCUUGUAACCUCGCUUCUCGCAGGAAGGGAACUGCUAGAAGGCCCUCAGCACUGGACCUCAGUGUCCAGGCCAAAUGAUGAGGGUGGAGACGCUCCUUCAGGUCUAUUGGGCCGAGACCAUUUAGGGCUUUCAAGGUCAGCACCAGCACUUUGAAUUGGGCCCAGAAAGGUACUGGGAGCCAAUGUAGGUCUUUCAAGACCGGUGUUACGUGGUCUUGGCAGCCGCUCCCAGUCCCCAGUCUGGCUGCCGCAUUCUGGAUUAAUUGCAGUUUCCAAGUCACCUUCAAAGGGAGCCCCACGUAAAGUGCAUGGCAAUAGUCCAAGCAGGAGAUAACUAGAGCAUGCACCACUCUGGCAAGACAGUCUGUGGGCAGGGAGGGUCUCAUCCUGUGUACUAGAUGGAGCUGCCCUGGACACAGAUUUGACCUGCACCUCCAUGGACAGCUGUGAGUCCAAAAUGACUCCCAGGCUGCGCACCUGGUCCUUCAGGGACAGUUACCCCAUUCAGGACCAGGAAGUCCUCCAUACCAGCCUCUCCCCUGCCCCCAAAGAACAGGACUUCUGUCUUGUCAGGAUUCAACCUCAAUCCGUUAGCCACCAUCCAACCUCCAACCGCCUCCAGGACCUUAACCAUCUUCACUAGUUCCAGUUUGAAAGAGGGGCAGAGCUGGGUAUCAUCCGCAUACUGAUGAAUGCCCAGCCCAUACCCCCUGAUGAUCUCUCCCAGAGGCUUCAUGUAGAUGUUAAAAAGCAUAGGGGCAGAGGCACCCCACAAGUGAGAGCGCAGGGGUCUGAACACUCAUCCCCCAACACCACUUUCUGGACACGGCCCAGGAGAAUGGAGUGGAACCACUGUAUAACAGUGCUCCCAGCUCCCAGCCCCUCUAGACGGUCCAGAAGGAUGUUAUGGUCGAUGGUAUCAAAAGCCGCUGAGAGAUUCAGCAGAACUAGGAAACAGCUCUCACCUUUGUCCCUAGCCCACUGGAGAUCCUCAACAGGCGCGACCAAGGCAGUUUCAGUCCCAUGAUGAGGCCUGGAUCCUGAUUGGAAGGGAUCCAAAUGGUCUGCAUCCUCCAGGCGUGCCUGGAGUUGUUCUGCAACCACCCACUCAAUCACCUUGCCCAAGAAUGGAAGAUUUGAGACUGGGCGAUAGUUGGGUAUAUUGGCCGGGUCCAAAUACGUUUUUUAAGAAGCAAUUUAAUGACUGCCUCUUUCAGUGGUCCUCACAGAGGGAAGCAUUUGCCACCCAGUGGAUCCCAUUGCCCAGCCCUUCCUGGCUCGCUUUUAUGAGCCAGGAUGGGCAAGGAUCAAGGAGACAGGUGGUUGGUUUCACUCGUCCAAGCGAGUGGAACAGAUUGGAAUUGAUUCCAUACAACUCGACUAUACAACUCUUAGCUCUCUCCCGCCCCAUCCCUGAUCCCACAGUGGAGUCUAUCCCUUUCUGAAUCUGAGCGAUUUUAUCUGCAAAAAACUUUCCAAAAUCGUUGCAGGAGAUCUUGGGGUCUUUCCCAGGCCCCGGUGGCAAAGGUGGUUCCGUGAAAUUGUGAACCACCUGAAAGAAACCACCUGCUGCUGUUUUCUGCAGAUGCAAUAGAGGCGGCAAAGAAAGUCCUCUUUGCUGUCGCUAUCGCCACUACCUGUGUCUGGUCCGAUUCAGAAUGAGUUUCCGCCACUGGCGCUCUAGCCGUCUCAGCGAUUGUUUCAUCACACUCAGCUCUGUGGGAGACCACGGGGCUGUCUGGGCUCCAUGCAAUCGGAAAGGGCGCUUCAGAGCCAGGCGGUUGAUAACUCUGGUUAACUCCGCAUUUCAGUGGCCCCCCAGGGAAUCAGCUGAAAGGCCAUCAGCAUGGCAUAAAGCACCCCCUACCACUCUCUGGAAACCAUUUGGAUCCAUUAAGUGGCGGGGGUGGCCCAUCCGAAUCAGUCGCGCCUCCUUGCAGAGGGGAAGGGUUGCAGAGAAGUCCAAGUGAUCUGGCCACAGCACUUCUUUCGUUUCACUUUUACUUAGUGUCAGAUCACCCACGUCACUAGAGGUGAACACCAGGUCUAAGGCAUGUCCAUGACUAUGAGUUGGGCCAAACUUGUUCAGGGACUGCCCCAUGGAGGCCAUGCUUUCCACGAAGUCCCAAGCGCCCCUUGUAAGGUCGUGUUGGCGUGGAUGUUAAAAUCCCCUAGGCCAACCAAACUAGGUGUCUCCAGGAGAACAUCCACCACGACCUGAAGCAGCUCAGGCAGGGAAUCCUUGGCGCAGCGGGGAGGAAAGGCAUCCUGCAUUGCCCCUAUUGCCUAGCUUCUGGAACACACAGAGAAGUAGGUCUUCCCAAUAGGGUGCCCAGUGCAAACCAGUGACUCCCUAAAAACCACUGCGACACCCCCCCCCGCCCACAUGACCCAGGUUGCUGUGUGUACAAGAAACCUGGUGCACAAGCAGCGGCAAGGACAGGUCUGUCUGCUUCAUCCAACCAAGUGUCCAUCACACAUGGCCAGGUCAAGUCCUUCAGCCACGCUCAAGUCUUGUGAAUCAUUGACCUGGCAUUGCACAGGUCGUGUGGGUCUCCCUUGCUGAUUCCACUAUCCAUCCAGUCAUGAUGGGGUCUGGUCUUAGUGUAACUCCUCCUCCUGUCCGUGAGCACUGAGAUUGGGCGUCCCAGAGACACCCCCCCCAUGGAACGUGCCCCAGCCAUUCUGUUGGCUGGGCACACUCCCUGGCAACCCUGACCCUCUCCCCUUAAGAACCAAAUACAAACUAUAUAAAAAAAUAGAAACUAAUUUUUUAAAGGGUUGCCACUGAUGAGCCCACAAAAGGGGAGCCUGUUUCCACCUUGAUGGAAUUCCAGAGCUGAGCUUGUAAAGCAGUAGUGGCCCAACUUGGCCCUCCAGCUCUUUUGGGAGUACAACUCCCAUCAUCCCUAGCUAACAGGACCAGUAGCUAAGGAUGAUGGGAGUAGUAGUAGUAAUAAUAAUAAUAAUUUUAUAUAUAUAUAUAUAUAUAUAUAUAUAUAUAUAUAUAUAUAUAUAUAUAAAAUAAUAAUUUAUUAUUUAUACCCCGCCCAUCUGGCCAGGUUUCCCCAGCCACUCUGGGCGGCUCCCAACAGAAUAUUAAAAUACAAUAACCUAUUAAACAUUAAAAGCUUCCUUAAACAGGGAACACUGCUCUAGAUCAGGCGUGGCCCAACUUGGUCCUCCAGCUGUUUUGGGACUGCAUCUCCCAUCAUCCCAAGCUCCCAGGACCAGUGGCCAGGGAUGAUGGGAAUUGUCCCAAAACAGCUGGAGGGCCAAGUUUGGCCACCACUGUAAGGAAACAGGCCUGGUUUGCCUGGGAGCAAAGAGACCUGGGGUGGGUCCUUUAGAGACCUUGAUCUUAGGGCCAUUAGGGCUCAAAAGGUUGGUUGUUGUUUUUUAAAGCACAGGUGCCAUUCCUGUUGAUUGCCAUCAAAAUUAAUUCAUGCUACACCUUACCAUUGCCGAAAGAGUUGUUUAAAUGCAGCCUAGCUAGUUUUGUUUCUUGACUGAUUAACUGUGUAAUUAACUAUCAAAUUACUUUCCCCACAUCCUUUCAAGGUCCUAUUUUUUGCUUUCUGCUGUGGUGCUCCCAUUGCUAGACGCUGGAUCUUGAGCCGCCUAGGAGGUGCCUUCUGCUGUGUGUUUAGCUACUACUAAUACUAAUAAUUUAUUAUUUCUACCCCAGCCCAUCCUACUGGGUUUUCCCAGCCACUGUAGGCGGCCCUUUUUACCCGUUGUUGUCUUUUUAAUUAUAUAUAUUGUUUGUUUUAUGUUCCUAUGGUCAUUGGCUAAUGCGCAUGAAGUUUAUCUAUCUUUCUUUCUAGGCGGCUCCCAACCAAAUAUUAAAAACACAAUCAGGGGUGGCCAACUCCCAAGAGACUGCCAUCCACUCACGGAGUUGAAGACUGGCAGUGAUCUACCACCUUUUGGGGGGUCUAAGUUGUUGAGCUUUUUUUAGGGAGAAGGAGAUCCCUAAGGGGUUCGGGGAGGCCCUUUUUGGGGCAUUCAGGUCAAAGUUCCUGAGCUUUUCUUAAGGAACAGGAAGUCCCUUUUGGGGGGUUCAGGUCGAAGCUGUUGACUUUUGGGGAGGGAGCCGGUGAUCUACCACAGACAUCCACUGAUCUGCUGGUUGGGCGUGCCUGUGAUACGGCGCUGAGCAUUAGGAAAUUUCCCUAAGAGAGCUCUUUCUUCUGGCAGAUGCAAAUAGCAAUAUGGUCCCGGAUGGCAACGGUGAGAAGAAAGCUGAACACUUCCAGUCCCUGGACAAGCAGGGAGACGGGCUGCCUGUGCCCAUGAUGGCCUUGAUCCCCCCGCCCCCAGCAGCCCUGAUGGAUGAUGACCUGCCCAACGAGGUGGACUCCCUGUCUGGUGAGCUGAAUUGCCUCGGGGAAGACGGAUUGGACCUCAGGCCUGUCGCCAGUUCCCUGCUUCGCAGACCUGUCAGCUACAGUGUGUCUUCAGGGGACCCAAAACUCCUGCCAGGAUCCGCACCCGGGACCACACCCCAUUCGGUGAAAAUCACGCCCAGCAUGUUCGAAGGGAGCAACGAAGUGAUCAAAAUCAAAGUGAUGAAGGAGGUCCGGAAGCCCGGGAGAAGUGAGUGUUUGAGAGGGGGCUGGGUUGUCCGAAGGGUGGUCCUGCGUUGCUCCCACCAACCCAGAAAGAGCGCCAGGGCAGCCAAAAGCCGUCUCUCGACUUUUCACAGUUGUGAAAUGGGAGGCGGCUCUGAUGAAGCUCGUGGUAUUUCAGUCUCCGCCGCUAUCAUUUAUUGCAGGGACACUUCAGUUCCCGGGAGGGCGGGGGGGCGUUUGCUAUGGUGCCAGUCUCGCUUGGCACCUUUUGGAAUUUGUGAGGAUCCCCUUUUUUUUUAGAGUUGGCAGAAAUGUAAUUGUAGAGUUCGUCUGUAAAUGGCAGUAGCUGCCUAUCAUAGUGGAAUUCACAUUUAGAAACCUGUGGAACGUGACCACGAGAGAAAGUGAUUUGUCAGUUUGGUGUGGGGUGCUGUUACAAAGGGAAGAGGAGGAAAUCGGUGCUAGCAGGAGAAAAUGUCUUUUCUCCAAUGAGGAGGGUCAAGUCCAGGCAGCAGACUGACUCAUUUAUCUCCAGGCUUGUCCCAUGCGAUCCUGCACAAACAGCUAUGCCCCAGGAGAGAAGAGGAGUGGCCUUUAGGAGGACACUGAGGGUCUGAAAAGGGCAAAGAUUCCACCAUGGGAGAGUUUGAGAUAGCAGCCACUGCUUGGAAGCACAGGGCAGGGUUGAGGGCAGGAUUCUGAUGGUCUUACCAAUGCUACCAUGAUCUCACGUUUUGUUUUGUUUUGUUUUUUAAUUGUAGAUUUCGAAAAGAUUUUCUCUCUACUUGAAGAAGUUCAAGGCCCUGUUGAAAUUCAAAAAUAUUUCAUUGAAUUUGCUAUCAAGGAAGCAGCAAGGUUUGUAUCCAGAUGACAUGUUCAAAUCUUGAGCAGAUAUGUGCAUGUGUUCUGAUAGUGGCCUGUUUGCUUCUUGCCUGUUGUGCUGCAUGAUGUUCUUUGAAACCACCGCCUUUGAUGGUGGGAGGAACCUCUUUUGCUUGUAGGUUGAUGGGAGGACUUAACAUUCCAAGCACAGGAGGGUGUGUGAGCCUAGGCCCUGCAUAUGUUCUGCAGAGUAAUGCAGAGGCAGUUGUUUGUUUCAGAGGGGGAACUUGGAACAGAAGUGCAAAACCCACAUUAAAUUGCUCCCCUUCCCCCCCCCCCUUUCUCUUAGGUUUAAAAAACGGGUGUUGAUUCAGCACUUAGAGAGAAUACUAGAGGAAAUAGAGUUCAACAGCCUGCACAACAGAGUUAAUCAUGUCAACAGUAGAUAAUAAUGCCCCAGCAAGACGAGUGCAUGGGCCAGGGAGAACAAGUUUGCUGUGUUGCAGAGGAAUGGAAGAGGACGUGGCAGCAGCUGCCCCUGGCAGUCAGGCGGCUUUUCUGUUGAAGUCUGAGAAGAAGGGUGGAGUUUUUAUGCUUGCAAGCCUCUCUCAAUGGAAACUGAGCUGUGACCUUGAUGGAUUUGCUGCAGGGGGUCUGGCGUCCUCCCUCCCCACCUCACAUUGAAGGGCCUGAUCUGCUCAAUGGGCUGAAGAAAAACACUCAGUGCUGCCCUCUGCCGCAGGUGAUGAGAAUUUACUCAUUUGAACCUUUGUUCUAAGACACUUUUUAAAGAGCUGCUUUAGGCAGCAGGUCGAAUCUGGUAAAACAAAAAUGCAUACGUUUUAUCUGCGCUUGUGUUGGAGAGAGCCUAUGUUCAAAAAGGAAAAAAAGAGGAGAGAGAGAAAUCCCUUCGUGAUGGUAGUGCAUGUUGCUGCUACAGACACGAAGGCAAAAGUUCCUGAGAACUGGCAGCCGACCCAGGCAUGAGUUUUCAGGGUAACAUUGAAUUUGAGAGUAAAGCAGCUGCUGAAACUGGGUUGAGGAAAAGUGGUCAAGAGGCCUGUGACUGCUGCUCCUGGUAGCCGCUAAGCAACCUACCUCAGCCUCUCUUCUCUUUUGUCUGCAGACUUUAUGAAAGCGCGUGCCUGAGGCUCCCCAGGUCCUGACUUCAGUUCUCUUUCAUCUUGUGAGGAGGACGGAGACUCUUCACGUGGACUUGGCCUUGGAAGCGCUUAGAAGGACACUUUGGGGUUUUUAAAAAACAAACAAACAAAAACAAUCCCUGUCCCCCAAAUAUUAUGUGUGUGUGUGUUUUACUUUUUAAAUGUUCAUAUGAAAAGAGAUUAUUUUGGACAGUGUUGUUUACCAGAUCCUUAAUUUGAUAUAUCAAACAGAGUGUGUGUAUGUGUGUGUGUGUAUGAGAGAUGAAUUUUUUUAGCACUUGUAAAUAAUAAAAAUCAUUUUAUGGUUUCCU